UCCAACAUGGCGGCUGCGGCGACCCUGGUGAUGGCGGUGGAGCCCCGCAGAACAUAGUGGCGGGGCCGGGGGCACGGUCCGCACCCGCGGCGGCGUCGGCGGCGACGGCGGAGGGCGGCGGAGGGCAGCGAGGCGGCGGAGAGCGAGCGAGCGGGCGCGCGGGCGGACCCCGCGGCUCGGAGCCGGGCGCCGGCGCGAGCCCGGGCGGCGGGCCACAGGCGCGGGGAUGGCGGAGCCGCGCCGAGUCGCCUUCAUCAGCCUGUCACCGGUGAGGCGGCGCGAGGCCGACUUCCCGGGGCCCGAGCGCGAGCCCGAGCCCGCCCGCGAGCCGCCGCCGUUCCGCGAGGCGCCCCGCGCGCCGGAGCCGCCGGCCCCGCGGGAGGCGCCCCCGCGGCCGGACGCGCAGCCCCCCGCGCAGCCCCCCGCGCCGCCGCCCGCGCCGCCGCCGCCGCCGCCGCCGCGCGAGGUCAGCCGCGCCGAGCCGCCCAUGGCGCUGCAGCAGCGCGAGCCCCCGCGGCCCGAGCCGCCGCCGCCGCCGCUCCCGCAGCUGCACUUGCCGCCGCCCCCGCCGCGGGAGCCGGCCGCCCGCGCCGAGCCGCCGCGCAGGCCGCCGCGGGAGACCGUGCGCCUGGAGCUGGUGCUCAAGGACCCCACGGACGAGAGCUGCGUGGAGUUCAGCUACCCGGAGCUGCUGCUGUGCGGGGAGCAGCGGAAGAAGUCCGUUCACACAGAAGACCCAUUUAAUGAUGAGCAUAAGGAGAGGCAAGAAGUAGAAAUGUUGGCUAAGAAGUUUGAAAUGAAAUAUGGUGGGAAGCCCCAUAAGCACCGGAAGGAUCGGCUACAAGAUUUAAUUGAUAUAGGCUUUGGCUAUGAUGAGACAGAUCCAUUUAUUGAUAACUCAGAGGCUUAUGACGAAUUAGUUCCUGCUUCUCUAACAACAAAAUAUGGAGGCUUUUAUGUCAACACUGGUACUCUGCAGUUCCGCCAAGCUUCUGACACCGAAGAAGAUGAUAUUACAGACAACCAAAAGCACAAACCACCCAAAAUUCCCAAAAUAAAAGAAGAUGAUAUUGAGAUGAAGAAGCGGAAGCGGAAAGAGGAGGGGGAAAAAGAGAAGAAGCCAAGGAAAAAGGUUUCCAAGCAGUUGGGAGUCGUGGCCCUAAAUUCACACAAGUCUGAAAAAAAGAAGAAACGCUAUAAAGAUUCUCUUUCUCUCGCUGCCAUGAUACGAAAGUUCCAGAAAGAGAAGGACGCUCUAAGGAAGGAGCCAAGCCCCAAAGUGUCAGCCAGCUUGCCCACGUCCUCUCUGAACAAGCCCCCGUCCACUGCUGCAGCGCUGGGCAAUGACGUCUCGGACCUGAACCUGAGCAGUGCCGACCCGGACCUCCCCAUCUUCGUCAGCACAAAUGAGCACGAGCUCUUUCAGGAUGCCGAGAAUGCCCUGGAGAUGCUGGAUGACUUUGACUUUGACCGACUGCUGGAUGCUGCUUCCGACGCGAGCCCCCUCUCGGAGUCAGGGGGUGAGAACGGAAACGCCACCCAGCCGAACUUCGCCUCUCAGGGUCUGCCCAAGGUGAUUCCUACUCUCCCGGAGGGCCUGCCUGUCCUUCUGGAGAAGCGGAUCGAAGACCUCCGUGUAGCUGCCAAACAUUUUGAUGAAGAAGGAAGGAAAAAAUUCUUUACACAGGAUAUGAAUAAUAUUCUUCUUGACAUUGAGUUACAGCUCCAGGCACUGGGCCCUGUCGCCCGGAGUGGCGUCUACUCGCACCUCGAAGCUUUUGUGCCGUGCAAUAAGGAAACACUGGUCAAGCGGCUGAAGAAGCUGCAUCUCAAUGUCCAGGAUGAUCGUUUACGAGAACCUCUGCAGAAACUGAAACUGGCCGUUAGCAACGUCAUGCCCGAGCAGCUAUUUAAGUACCAAGAGGACUGCCAGGCCCGGAGUCAGGCUAAGUGUGCCAAGUUACAAACAGACGAAGAACGAGAGAAAAAUGGAUCUGAGGAAGAUGAUGAUGAGAAACCAGGGAAACGUGUCAUAGGACCACGAAAGAAAUUCCACUGGGAUGACACCAUUAGAACGUUAUUAUGUAACCUUGUUGAGAUCAAAUUGGGAUGCUAUGAGUUGGAGCCAAAUAAAAGUCAGUCGGCAGAGGAUUAUCUUAAAUCAUUUAUGGAGACAGAGGUGAAACCAUUGUGGCCUAAGGGCUGGAUGCAGGCAAGAAUGCUUUUUAAGGAAAGCCGAAGUGUGCAUAACCAUCUUACUUCUGCUCCGGCAAAGAAAAAGGUGAUCCCUGCACCUAAACCCAAAGUGAAGGAGUGCAGCCCUAAAAGGGACCAGAAGACGCCCGCGCCCGCAGCGGCUGCCGUGGCUGGCCCCUCGGUGGGCUCGAGCGCUUCCGCCGUGGCCUCCACCAGUUCUGGCUCAGGCCCAGCCCAGGAGCCCAUCUGCCUCGAUGACUCCCUCGAUGAAGACCUGGCUUUUCCUCCGCCCGCGCUCGAGCUGGUCUCUGAAGCCCUCGCCGCUCUCAACAGCAGCAGCAAGGGCCCUCCAGCUGGCGCCCGGCUCGCCGUGUCCACGGCCAAGCCCCGCCCGGGACUGAGAGAAGAGAAACUCGCAAGUAUCAUGAGUAAGCUACCCCUGGCCGCACCGAAAAAACUCGAUUCUACUCAGACUGCACAUUCGUCGAGUCUCAUCGCUGGCCAUACCGGGCCAGUACCAAAGAAACCCCAGGAUUUAGCUCAUACUGGCAUCUCUUCAGGCCUUAUUGCUGGCUCUUCGAUCCAGAACCCGAAAGUCUCCUUGGAACCGUUGCCGGCCAGGCUGCUUCAGCAGGGACUGCAGAGGGCGAGCCACCUCCACGCUGCCUCUGCCCAAGCCCACGGCGCCUCCUCCUCCCAAGCCCAAGUUGCUGCCCCCUCUCACGCUCUGGGAACCCCCGAGGCCCAAGAUGCUUCUCCACUCGCGCAAGUCACAAAGGUGCACCAGCAUUCCGCUGUCCCGCAGAACUACGUGUCUCCACUGCAAGCGACCAUCAGUAAAUCCCAGACCAACCCCGUGGUGAAACUGAGUAAUAACCCCCAGCUUUCCUGUUCGUCCCCGCUCCUGAAGACUUCAGAUAAGCCACUUAUGUACCGCCUUCCCUUAUCCACCGCCUCGCCUGGGAAUGGUUCUCAAGGGUCCCACCCCCUGGUUUCUAGGACUGCACCUAGCACCACUACCUCCAGUAACUAUUUAGCCAAGGCGAUGGUGUCACAAAUCUCCGCGCAGGGUUUCAAGUCCCCCUUUUCAAUGGCUGCAUCUCCAAAACUUGCCGCAUCUCCCAAACCUGCCACAUCUCCUAAGCCCUUGCCCGCCCCCAAGCCUGCCCCCUCGCCCAAGCCUUCCGUCUCCAGCAAACUGCUGUCCAAGUCCAGCCCGGUGCCCAAGCCCGCCGUCUCCCCCGGCUCUCCCAGUCCAAAUGCACUAGUAGCCCAGAGUAGCCACUCCGGCGGGGGCAACCCCGCCCACAAACAGCCCGCUGGGAUGGGCGUCAGCAGACACUCUCCCACCUUGAACUUGCUGCCCUCGAAUCGCACUUCAGGCCUCUCGUCUGCGAAAAGUCUCCAGGCCCCUUCGAAGCUCACAAACUCUUCAUCCGCCGGAACCCUCGGGAAGAAUAGCCUGAGCGGGAUCGCGGCGAACGCGCCCGCCAGCAGAGGCAGCAGCCUGAACGCGAGCGGAGCCAGUAGGACUAGUCUCGCAGGGGGAGCAGGAAGUGGAACACAGGGUGCUACUAAACCGUUGUCUGCUCCACACAGACCAUCCUCUGCCUCAGGGUCCUCGGUGGGAACGGCCGGCGUGCAGCCCACAGCAGGAGCGUCCUUAUUGGCUAAUGCCUCACCUCUGACUCUCAUGACAUCACCUUUGUCUGUAACAAAUCAAAAUGUGACUCCUUUUGGGAUGCUGGGUGGCCUUGUUCCAGUGACCAUGCCCUUCCAGUUUCCCCUGGAGCUCCUUGGCUUUGGGACGGACACCGCGGGAGUGACAGCCGCCUCGGGAUCUACCUCAGCCGCUUUCCACCACAGCCUAACUCAGAAUUUACUAAAGGGUUUACAGCCAGGAGCCCAGCACGCAGCGCCGCUCUCCCACUCACCUCUGCCUGCGCACUUACAGCAGACGUUUAACGAUGGAGGCCAAAGUAAAGGGGACACUAAGUUACCACGGAAAUCUCAGUGACUUCCCAGCAAGCCAAGGAGAUGAGACGCUUAGCUGGCUGAUGGGAUCUACCUGAUGGGAACGUACUCACGUGGUCAUAGGGCUGCUGUUCUGUCGAUGUUUACAUUCUCUCGUCCCGAGCACUGUGGUGAGGAGGAAAAAGAAAACCGUUACUUGAGUAAAGCCAGCUGCAGGAGGAAGCCGUGCGCUCUAGCACGGUUGGCGACCUUUGGUCUCUCCUAAAGAAAGACACAGUUAACCAUAUUCACUGACUUGAAAGAGACUCAGUUGUCAAACCCACAGAAGUAUCAUUUUUUUUCCCUUCCCCGGGGGGAGGGGGGUGGGGGAGGUGGUGGGGAGAAGGAAGAAGGAAUUGAGGAUUUGGGUAAACUCCAUCCAUCCCGGGGGUUGGCUCUGAGCACUGGCAGACACCAGAGCAGGGGAGGAGGCAGUGUGUCAGGAGUCAAGACCAAUGGACUAUGCAGCAGAUUGGCCACAAAAGCGAUGGGACUCUCUGUCCCCUGGAGGCAGGAGCUGAGGAAAUACUGUACCCUAGGAAUCCUGAGCAGACUUGAAUCUUCUCCAGUGUGUAGCCGCGCCCCGGGGGCCGGGGGCCGCAGGUGCUCCAGGCGAGUUUCCUUAGCACAGUUAGGUUACCCCGUCACACGAUUGCUAAGUCAGGAAACGGAGCCUGUCCUCUCGGCAGGCGCAAGCCCGUGGCCCCUUUUUGUGAAAGGGUCCGUUUCGCCUUGCGGUCAGGAGCUGGAGCCUCACUCUCCCCGGUCACCUGUGCAGCUGGUAGUGACUGUCCAUUACCGUUCUUGAUGUUGAAAUGUGACUCUGGUCACGUUUGUUUCUCCUGAGACCUGGGGGGGGUCCUUGAAGUAGGGCUGUGGCCUUGGUGCUCCGUAGCCCACGCAGGCCCACCGCAAACUGUACAUACCCCCACCUUCAGCUCCGCUCACUUCUCUUUCUGUUCUCUUAGCUAGUGGUACUUCAGGUGAUAUUAACUAUUGAUAUGAAAAGGUGUGUGUACGACAUAUGCUUCUUCAUUGGUCAUUCAAAUGGCAUAUAUAUAUAUUUUUGGAAUUUUUAAGAUAGUAUUUUAAAGGGAGUAAUUGCAUUAGGAUCAUUAUGUGUACAAGGAAUUAUUUUUUAUAACAAUCACAGUGUAUUUAUACUCCCUGUAUUCAGUGUAGUGAAAUUGAUUUGGAGCAUUUGGGAUCUUAAAGCUUUACUAAUAUUUACUCAGAGUAUUGAUAUGUAAGAUUUACUCACAUAUCAAUAAGAUAUGAGACUCCUUAGUCAUUUCAGCUUCCUUAUGCAAAUAGCAUAUUCAACAAAGAACUUUAAGAAAGAAAUUUAUUGUUCUGUUUGAAUACAUUUAAAUAUUUUGCCUCUUUUUUUCCCCUCUACUUUUGGUCAGUCAGAUUCUCUUUUUCUGUCACUCCUUUUUUCUCCGCCCUCUCCUUACCCCUUUUCAACGUCUCUCUGUCUUUCCCUUCACUCCCUCUCCCUUGGGCUUCUGAGUGUUUGCAGACUAAACCCACGAACAGUGAAAGCUUGGUCCAUUAUGGUGAUCGACUCAUCCAAAACCGCAUCAGAUUUUCAGUAGCAAGAUUUCUUGCAUAUUUACAUUAAAAGUCGCCAUGUAUUUUGUAGUUUAUUCAGAUAAGGAAAUUGCUAUCCUUUUGUUUACAAACAAAAGUCCCAAAUAUAGCCUGUCAGACUGUGAAUAUAAACCACAGAUCUGUUUCGAUCUGUAUUUUGACUUCAAAGUCACAUCGUCUUGCUUCUAGCAAAAAAGUCAUUAACUGAAAACUCUUUAGUUCCAAGAACUUAUUACAGUAAGGGGAAAGGAUCAUUUCAAAGUUUAGUUUACAGUAUAUCACUGAGAAUUUUCUAUCAAUCUUGGCGGAUAUUUUAGAAGUAUAUUGGGAUAUGGCAGAAAAGUUUGACCUAUUAGUAUAUUUGAUUAUCGUCUGUUUGGCUCUUAAAUUCGGAAGGCUUACCCAUUUCUUGAGCUAUGCCAAUGUCUCAUACUUCUUUUUAAUCUACUGGGGGCACGAGGUAGUAUUUGCUGAUACUAGAAAGGACUUUGCCUGCAGGAAGCUGGCCUUUGUUAAUUCCCUAUACCAGAAGAGCCAGACCAGCACUGUCUCUUCCUGCUGACGACUGUGCGUGUAUUCAUCUGGACGUGUAUAUCUGUGCACGUAAAUUUAUUAAUAUAUAAAUCCAUUACUUGUUUAAAUCAAGGAAAACCUCUUCUAGUUUUUUAAAUCCAUCAGUUCUGAAUCAUGCCAUAUAAAGAUCCCCUAUCACUCUUUGUUGUCAGAAAAGAACUGAAUGAUCAAUUCUUCCCCCAGGAUUAGUUUGUAACUUAACGGGAAGUACUUUCCAGAGCCCUCCGGGUCUGCAGCCUUCACACACAGAGAUGGUCUUCAGUUUCGGGUCUCGAGGAUGGUUGCCAGAUCUCCCCCUCACUCCCCACAUUUUCACAAACUUACACGCAUUUCAGUCAAAACCACCCUUUUAUGUUGUACAGACGAAACGAACAUCUGUAUAUUUCUUACUAGAUGAAUAUGAUCAGAGAGUUCCUACAUGUAAAUACAAGACUUUUUUUUCUAGAUCAUAACAUUGAAUAUGGUGUCCAGACUGGACGGUCACCUAUCUUUAUAGUUUUCUUACUGAAAAAGAACAAACAUAUAAAUUGGUUAUUUUUUAGCACAGAGACUUGUGAAUCAUACUGUAUUUUUGCACUUAAAAGUCAAAUUACAUUAUUUUUUCAGAUGGUAAGUAAUUGGAAAGCCUAUAGAGCAAUGUGUAUCUCUGAAGAGCGUUAGCAGCAACAUCCCAAUGCAGAGUUAAUCAGCACACUUCAUUCCGUCCCCAGCGGGAUUCUUGAUUCAGGAAAACGAAGCUGAGUGUUCUCAACUGUCUUGUAUUUUCAGUUGCCUUCACUGAUGUAUAAGCCGUUACUGUACAUACAAGUUACUCCUCAGUAUUCACAAGCAAUAACGGUCAGCGGAGGCAUCUUAAGCCUCGCUGAGCCCCAGUUGGAGACUGUUGGGGAGCCAAGUGUCAAGCUCAUUCAGAGCCUCCAGAAGAAAUGCAAGCAAUAAUUUCCAUUAAAAUCGAUCAUUCUUUCUCAGAGGCUUCGGAGAUCAAAGGGUAAAAGAAAUCAUGAUUUUGAACAGGCUGAAGAAGAUUUUGGGGGAAGGAGGUGAGGUUAGCCUGCAGGCACCGGAUCCUGGGAGGAGGGGAGCACAGAGAGCCCCACUAGUAUAUACCUUCACACCCACCACCCCUUUGAUGGAUGCUGUUGCCCAAAUUACAUUUUUUUUCCCGGUGGAGACAUUGAGGAGGGCUCAUUGAGUCACCAGGGCACGAGGAGGAAGGGGCACAUACAUGUUCAAAUACUGUGGGUUUGACACCUGUUUGAAAACAACUGAUUGGAAAAGAUUUUCAAUUCAGGACAUUUUUUUCCCCAAAGUAGACCUAAAUUGUUUACUCACCAGAGUUGGAAAGGGCCGACACCUCUAGUCUUUCUCUGCUUGCCCUCAGCCCUUUCCACCUCUGCUUGGUUCAAGAUACUUUCUGAAACGGAAAUUCUACUGUUGUUCAAACUGCCAUGGAUAAUGAGAACUCUGUCCCUCGGGACCGUUUCUUAGCACUCCAGUUACCUGUCAUAUUUGCUGCUACAUUUGUAAAAUGAACUUUGCCUGUACUGGUCGACUUUAAUCUGAUUUUCAUUUCUUUAUUUCUAGGAGGCUUUGUCAUUCUUUGACCCAUGUGUAGAGUUAGCAGACUUGGUUUUAGGAGUGAACCGUAAAAGCACACUGGUCCCUGGAUUAUCGUUUGGGUUUGAAUUUGUGUUUUCCUUUUGUUUGUUUGCUGGUGUUGUUUCUGUUCAGAGUAGAAGUAGAAGACCGGGAGGGUUUGGACCAGGCCAAACUAGAGAACUUUCCCUGGGCUUCCGCCCGCGCUUUCUGCCCACUGGAGCUACUCUGCAGAGGGGCGUUUCCUUUCUAGCGUGCAUGUGUGAGUGGUUUGGGGGCUUUGUUUCUGCUGGGGGGACGGAGGUGGGGCUUUUGUUUUUGUAAUAAUGAAGCAGAGGAAAAAUGCAGUAGUUGGUAAAUGACUUGAUUAUAAACAUGUUAUGCAAUUUUAUUUUAUAAAAUUUAAGGGGAAAAGUUUUAACUCUGUAAAUCAUUUCUUAGAUCUGGUGAAAGCUUAUAUUACUCCUCUAAACAUACUCAAUUCAGGCCUUUGUCUUUGUUAAGUGCCUUUUUUUUUUCUUUCUUUUUUUCCCUUCUUUUGAAACUGUUCUCAGAUACCCUAAAGCACUGGCUGAUAAGUCAGGGCAUUCAAGAGGAAGAAUCUCAAAUUUGCCAACGUCAUGUCAUGCUGUAAUCUCUUCCUUUAUUUAUAUGGAUAUGGAUAUAUGUGUAAAAUACAUGCAUACAUAUAUACACGGACAUGUGUCCGUAUGUAAUAUAUAUGUCAGACUAGUAGCUGCUGUACCAUUGCGUCCUCUCGAAGACUUCCCUCCCGAUGUUUGCAAAGCUUCUGCCUUGUUUAUUCCAUUGCUUUUAGACAAUUCAAAUGGGUAGAGCGGGAAGUUGUCUUUUUCAUAAGAUGCUGUCUUUUCCCUUUGAAUAUCUGUUUGUAGAGGUUAACAAAAUAUUAUAAAUAUAUAUAUUAUAUAUAAGAAGUCAGUUAUUAUAAGUAAAAUAAACUUAGUAGACUCAUUGACUAAUCCUGGAUGUAACCCUCUGCUCUGUGCCCUACAGACUUGGCAUAAGUAAUAGUGGAGAAAACGUAACAGACUAGUGGGUCAGGUGGGUAAGGGACACUGUGGCGGGCAGGAGGAAGGUCACAGGGGAGCUCGGGGUAGAACUGAAGUGUUAGACUUGAGUGAGCUCUGAAGGGAGUUAACAACUUUGUCACCAUUAAAAGUGUGCCGGGAGAUGAUUUUUACCUGGAACUGGUGAGCAGCCGGUCAGCCGUUGGGUCACUUAGAAGUAAACACUCUUACAGUACCGCAGGAAACACCCAGAGAACUGACGGUGUUCGUGAGAGAACCUCAUGUUUCUUUUUAUAUGCCAGAUCACUGCACUUAGCUUGAUCUGAUUCUGUGGUUGUUUUUAAUUUUUCCCUGUAAAGUAAAAGAAACAGAAUUUUUGUAAAGUAACAGAAUUUUCGAUGUCUCCGAUAUGUUUAUUGCUAAUAACGUGACGUGUUAAGGGAGACUUAAAGUUGAAUCAGUCCCCAAAACCCGGCACAGAUAUAUCUAAAAAAGCACCUGUGACUGCAUUUAAAUCGGAAGAGAAAACAGUGACUCUAAAGGACAAAACAGGCUGCUGGCGGGUGGCCAGAGAGCAGAACCGCCACUCGAGGCCCUUCGUUCUACUCCAUGCUUAAAUGACUGUGUUUAGGGGGAAUAUCAUUGAACCUUUGUGCCUCAGAUUACCCAGUCAAAAAUUGGGUAUAGUGAUUUUCACCUACCUCCCAGGGAUAUCAGAGACUUUACUAUUUCAAAAAUAUUUUGAGUUUUUCUAAAAUGUCCUAUAUAAUUAAAAAAUAGUAUUAUCAUCCAGCAGAGGCUAAAAAAAAAAAAAGUUUCCCUAUAAAGGGUAAAAAAGCACCAUACAGUUUCUAGGAUUAGAAAAAACAAAAUCACUGGAAUUCUAAUUUAGAUGCCUGUUCAUUAUUUAAGCAUUAUAUGUGUGGUGGGGUAAAAUGUUUGGUUUCAGGUGAAUAAGUGGGGAAGGAGAAGUAACACUAAGUUCCUUCAUUAUAAGUGGAUUUGGGGGUUAUGUUUUUUUUUUUUUUUUGGGGGGGGGUGUUUGUUUUGUAACCUUUUAUGGUAUUUGUCUGAUUUUUCGCCAAGGUUGUAGAGAACCUAAAGCUAGAUGAAGCUUGGGUGCUGGGCUCUUGGAAUGGAUGCGCGACUGAGGGAGUUUUAGCUGCCUCACUUCCUGGGUCCUCAGCCUGAUUUCCCGAUGGCGUGCGGGCUGAGGGGAGCCGGCUGCACCCUUGCUGGGUUGGGGGCACGUCCUCGGGCGGCUGAAACACCACACUCUCCCUGCCCUCCCUGGGGCAUUUCUGCCACUGCAGCUCCAAGGAGGAGUUGAAAUGGGAAAUCGAGGCAGGCGUCACUUCCUAGCUGGAGCAGUGCCGGCAGGGCACCUACUGGGCCCAGCUCUUAGGAGAAGGUGAAGACGGUGCUGACCUCCUUUCCACUGUGGGUGUUAAUACCUAGAGUUCGUCAUGUGAAGCAACCGUGGGGAAAUGGAGCUUGCAUUUUUAGUUAGGGCUAAAUGCUGAA